UGUCAAAGUGGCUAGGCACUGUGCUGCAAUGCACAGUUGGAGCAUUUCACAUGCGCCGAAGGGGUUUAUCUUGGGCCUAGGAAGCCUUUGGGUUCCCCUUGACAAAAUCAAAAAAGCAGCUUCAGUUCCAACUACAUCAUGCCCUUGUUUAGAUUGCGAAUUCUAGGCUUUGGGAUAGAAAAUUUAAUAUUUUCUUACGCCCCCUUCCAUAUCCUAUGGAUUCAUUUUUUGUUCUUGUUUUGAAAAGUUAAUUACAUAUUUCGUAAUUGCUUUUCGAUCGAGUGUUAUCAAACAUUGAAAUAGAAAACUCACACAACCAAAGAAAGGGCAAAGAAGAUCGAACUAUGAUUUCCAAUGUGACGAUGACUCUAUAGGGUUGAACCCUAUGUGCAAAAGUUAAUGUAGGCGUAUUAUGUUAGCAAUUAGCUUUGUGCAAAUUAGGCCACCGAUCAUGUUGCAUGCCAUGCCACUCUGUCCUUCCAGUGUUUUCUGAGUAAACUGGUUUUCAUAACCACCCAAUUAACUCCAUCAAAUGCAACAUUGACAUGGCUUUAAGCCAUAAUGCCACCACCGGCUAUCCUCUCGCCACCGAUAUUUAAUAAACAUGAGUUUACUGUAACUUGUUUCUUUCUGUAAAUUAAUAUGUCUAGAGGUGGUUAUAUAGAUCAUCACACAUAAUGUGCUUGGAGAAAUCAAGUGAAAAGGAGCAAAAGUAGGAGAAGGUGGAACCUGAGGAAUUCAUUUUUACCAUAUCAUCCUUCAUUUUCAAUCGAUUAUGUUAUGUACGUACAUUCAUUGAUUGAGGGUAUAUGUGAUAUUUCGUACAUGUACGUUCAUUACCAAGCAAGAUGAAUUAUGUAGUUUUAGUGGCAUGGUAAAACCAAAGUGAACUCUCAUUUAAGGCUAAACAAACUCCACCUUCCAUCUUUAAGUGAAAGAUUGAAAAGGUCCAAUCAUUCCAUCUUGGAGUUGGGAGGAUUUAGAGCGUCGACGUGCACUUGCAUCAACACUAAUAAACGGUUGGAUAACAUUAAAUAUACUUUUGGUUAUUAAGAAAAAUGUUGACUACAAAUAUCAAGAGUUGAGAUUACCUAAUAAGUGAUAAGUCACUUGCACCGUGCAGAGAAUAAUUUUCACAUUUUCAAUCCCCUUUAUAAGGUCCAAUUCUAAUCACAAAGCCUCAAACCAUUUAGAAGAUGGGUAGCCAAACCAUCAGAGCAGCUUUGGUUCUGGUUUUUGUAUUUGCCUUUGCAAUUAUUGGUGGCAAUGCACAAGAAUCAACCACUCUUGUUCCGGCCAUCAUCACAUUUGGUGAUUCUGCAGUAGAUGUGGGAAACAAUGACUACCUCCUAACAAUUUAUAAGGCCAAUCACCCUCCUUAUGGAAGAGACUUUGUGAACCAUCAAGCUACUGGGAGGUUUUGCAAUGGAAAACUAGCCACUGAUAUCACUGCUGAUACUCUGGGCUUCACAACUUAUCCACCUGCAUAUCUUAGCCCUCAGGCAUCAGGGAAGAACCUUCUCAUUGGAGCCAACUUUGCUUCUGCUGCAUCCGGUUAUGAUCAAACGGCAGCAAACUUCAAUCGUGCAAUAUCUUUGCCCCGACAGUUACGAUACUUUAAGGAAUACCAGGGCAAGCUAACCGAGGUGGCAGGUAGUGAGAAAGCAGCAACAAUUAUCGAGGGUGCCCUAUACUUAUUGAGUGCUGGCAGUAGUGAUUUUGUUCAGAACUACUAUGUCAAUCCUUUUGUUAACAAAUUCUACACUCCUGACAAGUACGGUGACAUCCUUGUUGGUGCUUUCACACGCUUUAUUACGGAUGUGUAUGGUUUGGGAGCAAGGAAAAUAGGUGUGACAUCACUCCCUCCAUUGGGUUGCCUUCCAGUUGCAAGAACCUUAUUUGGACCCCAUGAGCCAGGCUGUGUCGCCAGACUCAACACUGAUGCUCAAGCAUUCAAUAAGAAGAUAAACAACGCAGCAGAAACUCUCCAAAAUAAACUUCCUGGUCUUACACUGGUCAUCUUCGACAUCUACAAGCCUCUAUUUGAUGUUGUUGAGUCUCCAUCAAACUAUGGCUUUGCGGAAGCAAGGAGAGGUUGCUGUGGCACGGGGAUUGUAGAGACGACAUCAUUGCUGUGCAAUUCAAAGUCAAUAGGAACUUGUGCUAAUGCAACUCAAUAUGUGUUCUGGGACAGCGUUCAUCCAUCUGAAGCUGCUAAUCAAUUUCUUGCUGAUGCAUUGAUUGUCCAAGGGGUUCCCCUCAUUUCAUGAGGAUGGUAUAUGCAUAUGUUCCUAGAGAACUCUUCAAAAUGUUGAAAACUGCUAUCCCUUUCUUUUGGGUUCUACUAUGUUUACAGAGAUAGUGAAAGCUUCAGAAUAAUGUUGCUAGUAAAUUUUAUUUUCCUUUCGGUCAAGGUUGUACACUUGUA